AUGCCUGGUGCGGGGCCUCCGGAAUGGCUGCUCGCUGCCAGUUGGCCGCGCCACGGUUCGUCUUCCCUCAAGCUUUCGCAGUACCAGCUCCUACAUGCAUUUUUGCCAGUGGAGCUUCAGUAUACGUACAGCGAGUCAUCAAUCCCGGAGGAGUCCACCCCAGUCCCAGUGAAUCCAUAA